CAUUCUGCCUCCAGCAUGUAUUCUUUCCAGUUCCUGUCCAGGGCCGGCCCUGCCACCUUGCUCCUGGUUCUCUGCCUGCAGCUGGGGACCAGCAAAGCUCAGGAAGACAACCGGAAGGUGAUGAUAAUGGAUUUGCAGGUGCAGAAAACAGCAAAAGCAAAUGAAGAGUUCCCUGUGACGCUUAAAAUUCAAACUCAAUUGAGAGAAUGCAUGGUGAUUAAAACUUACCUCUUAAGCAACACCACGUUGAGUGGUCCUUCCACAUUUCAACAAACCCUCUGCCUAUGUGAUGAUAAUCCAAGGACCAUUUUCUGGGACUUCCAGAGCAACUACACUACAAAAAUUGUAGCUGUGGCUGACGUUGUUCGGGAGUCAGGUAUCUGCCCUAAUGAUAAGGCAGUAAUACCCAUUCAAGCAAAUCGUUUUUAUACCAUCCGUACAGUAACAAUAGUACCCUAAUGGAAGUUCUUGUGUCUCUGUCCCCACACCCAACUGGUUUCAACGAAGGCAAGCUGCUUCUUGUCUGUGGGCAUCUGCUGUGGUCUGUCAAAUAAACUU